GCUUAGGCUGUGGCUGCUGAGGUCACUGCACUGGGAGGAAAAAAAUAGACUGACUCGCUCCACUACGCCGCCUCCAUUUUGAAUAGCCAUGUAAUAGGGGAUUCGCAUAGUUUGUGUGUGUGUAUGUGUGUGUGUGUGCGCGCGCGCCCGCGCGUGUGUGUGUGUGUAUCGCCCACUGCGCUACGUAGUGUCAACAAGCCACAUCCAAACAUCCUCUCGACAUGGACGACCUAUUCAGUCCGCGCAGGAGCCUGAACAGCACGCAGGGCGAGAUAAGAGUUGGGCCCAGUCAUCAGGCCAAACUUCCAGAGAUGCAGCCGCGGUCGGCUCCUAGUUUGCAGACUCAGACAGAGAGUGAGGAGCUGAUGUGGACGCCCGGGGUCAAUGACUGUGACCUUCUCAUGUACCUCAGAGCUGCCAGGAGCAUGGCAGCGUUUGCAGGGAUGUGCGAUGGUGGGUCCACAGAGGACGGAUGCUUAGCAGCCUCCCGCGACGACACCACAUUAAACGCACUCAAUAUGCUGCACGCAAGUCAUUAUGAUGCAGCAAAAGCUCUGCAGCGUCUGGUUAAGAAGCCUCUGCCGAAGCUCAUUGAGAAAUGCUGGUCGGAGGAUGAUGUGAAACGCUUCAUCAAAGGUCUGAGACAAUAUGGAAAGAAUUUCUUUUGGAUCCGGAAGGACUUUCUGCCCACCAAAAAAACAGGGGAACUGAUCACCUUCUAUUACCACUGGAAGAAAACUCCCGAGGCUGCAGGCACGAGAGCUUAUCGACAGCAACGCCGACAACCGUCCUCUCGCAAAGCAAAGACUCGCUCUGCAGCAGCUCCUGUCACCCCCUCGCGAAAUUAUUCCGUGGAUGCGAGUUCUGCCAGUGAGGAUGACCUCGAUAGUGAAGACAGUGAACAGGAUGUCAAGAGCUGCAGCCGCUGUGGGACAACAAGUUCGAAGGAUUGGCACCGAGGGCGAAGAGACAACGCAUUGCUGUGCACGACUUGUCGCACAUUUGAAAAUAAGCACGGAUGUCUGCCGCCAGCUCUAAAAUCCACAGGCGCCCCAUUCAUGUUUAAACCUGUUAAAGAAGAAGAAGAGGUGAACAGCAAGCAUGGCAUGAGGACACGGAGGAGCAGAGCACCUCAGCUGUCUACUUUAAGAAGUGGCCACAGGAGGCUCACAGGUUCCCCCACCAACGAGAACCACCAGUCCAGUAGCCAGCCCUCCCUGAGUGUGACAACCUCCAAUUCUUUGAGAUCGUCUUCCACAGAUACUAAGAAUGAACCCAGCAAGAAGACGAACAAGAAGAUUAAAGAGGAGGUAACGUCACCAAAGACAACAAAGCGUGUUCGGGAGAGUCCUGCUCAGGAGCCUGAUGAGGCUGAGAAAGCUGCACCUAAAAGGCCGAAGACACGGGAUCCACGGAGCUCACGCUCAGAUGGAGAAGCUGAGGUAGAGGAGGAAAGCUCUUCAGAAAGCCGCAGUGCUCAGGACGAUGGCAGCAGUGACGCCAAAGACAUCGAUCAAGACAACCGCAGCUCAUCUCCAAGCAUUCCCAGCCCUCAGCAGGGCAACGAGAGUGACUCCGACUCCUCUGCCCAGCCCAACGGCGUCCCAUCAGAUCCCACCGCCGCCGCCGCCGCCGCCGCCGCUGCUGCUGCUGCGUCGGCCGACCCACCAAUCCCUCAGGCCCUCCCCUUUCAGGGCCGCCCCAUAACUCCGCAGCCAAUGCAAAGCGACUCCCCUACUGAUCCUGCCCAGAGCCCCCCUCCUCCUUCCACAGACCCCCGUCAGCCAGCUGCUGGUCAGUUAGCUGGCACGGGGGGCCCGAUCAGCCGCCCGCAGCCCGCCCCUCACUCUCUUUCUGCUCCACCAUCUCUUCCGUCGGCGUUGGGUCAGGACUCCCCUCUUUCUGCAGCAUUUCAGCCCCCGCCGGUUCUCAACUCUACACACCCUCAUGGCCCGUCACCUCAGGCCCCCCCGCGACCCGCGCCCUUCUUUAGGGAGUCUCAGCUCCCCCAACCUCUUCUGUCCGGCACACAAGUCAAGCCUCCUCCCACCACUCCCAUUCCACCAUCACACAAACAGAUGCCCCAUCAGUCCGCUACACCUUUCCCCCAGAUGCCUGCUAAUCUCCCCCCUCCCCCUGCUUUAAAGCCACUCAAUAUUCUGCCCAACCAACAUCCUCCGGGUGCUCCCCCUCCCCCUCUUCAGCUCAUGCCACAGCCCUUGCCAAUGCAGCUCCUCCCUACCCAACUCCCAGUGAUCUCUCAGGUGCAGAACCACCCUGGAAAGAGCAUGACUUCCUCUCAUCCACCUGCUGCGGCCUCCCACCCUCUCACUUCUGUAACAUCCUCUAAUAUUGGCCCCGUCCCAAGCCUCCAGCCGUCGUUCCCGCCUCUUCCUCUGAGACCCUCGUCGAUUACCGUGGCGGGAGGAUGCCAAAUCCAGAUAAAAGAAGAGCCACUGGAUGAGAUGGAGGAGGCUGAAAGCUCACCGCCUCCACCUCGGAGUCCCUCGCCCGAGCCCACCGUAGUGAGCGUGGCAAGCCACGCCAGCCAGUCUGCACGGUUUAUCAAACAUUUGGAUCGCGGUUACAACUCUUGUGCAAGAACAGACCUGUUCUUCACUCCGCUCUCGUCCUCCAAGCUGGCCAAGAAAAGGGAGGAGGCGGUUGAAAGGUCCAGGAGGGAGGCCGAGCUCUGUGCUCGACAAGAACGCGAAAGGGAGAAAGACCGAGAGAGGGAGCGAGAAAGGGAGGCGGACAGAAGUGCUAGAGCCUCCAGCUCCUCCCACGACAGUCGUAUGAGUGAUGUUCAGAUGACGGUUCAGGGCCACGGACGCCCGUCCUUUGAGCAGCCGCCCACCACCGUAGCCGCGGUGCCCCCCUACAUCGGCCCCGAUACGCCGGCUCUGCGCACCCUGAGCGAAUACGCCCGACCCCACGUCAUGUCGCCCAGCAACCGCAACCACCCCUUCUACGUGUCACUGAGCCCCGGCGACCCCUUGCUGGCCUACCACAUGCCCGGUCUGUACGGCGCCGAGCCCGGCCUCAGAGAGCGCGAGCUGAGGAACAUGCGGGAGAGGGAGCUCCGAGAGAGGAUGAAGCCUGGCUUUGAGGUCAAGCCCCCCGACAUGGAAACCUUACACCCCUCGGCCAACCCCAUGGAGCACUUUGCCCGGCACGGGGCCAUCGGCCUGCCUCACAUACCCGGGCCUCCCCACCACUUUGCAUCCUUCCACCCUGGCCUGAACCAGAUGGAGCGUGAGAGGAUGAUGCUGGCAGGACCUCAGCUGCGCCCCGAACUGAGUUACGCAGAGCGACUCACCGCAGAGCGGCUCCACGCCGAGAGGAUGGCGUCUGUGGCCACGGACCCGGCUGUCAGGCUGCAGAUGCUCAACGUGACGCCGCACCAUCACCAGCACUCUCACAUUCACUCCCACCUCCACCUGCACCAACAGGAUCCCCUUGGUCAAGGUUCAGGCCCUCAUCCACUAGUGGACCCCCUGGCAACAGGACCACGUUUGGCCCGGUUCCCCUUCCCCGGCGGCCCAAUCCACAACCCAUUACUCAGCGAUCUUCCUCAUGAUCAUGAGAUGCUGCGCCACCCACUGUUUGGAGGUGCAUAUCCAAGAGAGCUACAGGGCUCCAUUCCUCAGAUGUCUGCCGCUCACCAGCUCCAGGCCAUGCACGCUCAGUCUGCAGAGCUGCAGAGGAUGGCUAUGGAGCAGCAGUGGCUGCAUGGGCAUCACCUGCAUGGAGGCCCUCUACCGAGUCAGGAGGAUUAUUACAGCCGCCUGAAGAAAGAAGGUGACAAACCAUCUUGAGUGACAGGUGGUGCAUGCCCCCAAACCCUACACCCAUACCCAAUAGAAUACUGUGUACUUUUUAAAACUUUAAGAGAAUAUUUGUGUCUUUUCUUUUGUUUUAAUAUAUUUUAGAAAAAUCUUUGUGGAUCUUUAUGUGCAUUCCUUGUUCAGCACUUAAUGAGACUGACAAAGUCCAUCCGAGAUUUUCAUAUCACUUAAGACUUCAUUCUAGUUUUAUUACUAAAAUAACAAACAAUCUCACACAUUCAUGUGAAAUUUUAAAUGGCAGAUUUUCUCUAACAAACUGAGUCGCAGUGAUGAAUUUGCUCAAAUAGCUCUCAUAAAGGAUAUGAAAACAGGCUGACUUUGGUCCUACGUUUAAAUAUCUAUGAUUUCCUUGUACAGAAUAACAUUUAAAUCUGUGUCUGGAUGAUUGUACCAACCAAGCAUGACUCAACCUUAAUUUUUCACCAAACUAGAGUAGCAAGUUGCAUUGUGGUGUUUAGACUUUGAAAUCAUAGUAGAGUUUGGUUUUACUCUUAAAUCUGCUAAAUAUUUGUCUAAAUCCUAAAGUUUUAUAUAUCAAGAUAUCUUUUCACAGUAUAACCGAAGCUUUUAUUCGCUCAUUUUUGAGAUUGUAAAUAUUAAUGUUCACAUUAUUCUAUAUGAAUUAGUACUAUAGCAGUAGAUGUGAACACUUGACCCUCGAUUAAGCACGAUAGCAGUAAAUCAUAAGCUAAAACAGCAUAUAGUAUUAUAAGGCGAGAUAAUUAUUAAUUGGACCACGAUCUGUCGAUUGAUACAAACUUUUAUCAGAAUAAUGUAUUUACAUUGUUUUAAUCAGAAUAAGUUAAUUGGAGAGACACUAAAUAUUGAGCUUUUUAAAUGGAUUUUAAAAGAACGGCCUUUACAUUCAAUAUUUAUGUGACAUAAUAUGAAAAUGUAUCCAUUACAUAUUUAUUUCAAUAAAUAUUUCUCCAAUGACACCUUA